GUCAUUCGCUCCACCAGUUACAGUUCCACCAUCAGAGAGUUUAAGGAGCUCCCUGCAAACAUUCAAACUCCUCUUUGACUUACACAGUUCUGCUGUUAUCAACCUUGAAAGCUUUGAGGUCCUGCAACACUGCUAACGAUGGGAGUGGAAAAACCUGAGUAUUCAGAUGCUGAUUUCACCUAUGAUUAUGAGUUAAUCAGAAAAGGAGGGCUGAUCUUUGCAGCUGUUUUGUUCUGUUUGGGCAUGGCUAUCAUAUUCAGCAAAAAGCUCAACUGUGGAAACAAGGCGUCUUCUAAGUUUGAAGACAAUGGUGAUCUUUGACCUCUCCUUCAUUAACCUUCACCGUAAACAGACACCUCAGUAAAUUCACCAAGGAGGAUCACCAUUUUCCAUAAUCACUUGUGGUCUCAACGUACAGUUUCAGUAUCAGUUUUUCAGAUAAAUAGUUCAUUUUCAUUUCCUUCUAUGUAUACUGUCACAAUAAAAUAAAACUCAAAUGA